GCACCAGGAAGAUGGUGUGCGUGUCCUUUUGGUCCUAGUAGGUCUGGGCGUCGCAACAAUGGUACUAUCGUCGCGUGCGCAGCUCUCUGCGCUUGCUGUUGUACUACCUGUCGCUGCGGCGGCGCAGAUAUUCGGAAGAGUCGCACCAACGAACGCUGUGGCGAAGGUCGUGACAACCACCCUACGUGCAGCCGGUUAUUUAUCCGGUAGUGCAGCAGCACACAGAACAAGUACUAGCAGCAGAGCACAGGCUGCUGGUGCUGCUCUAGAUGAACACCAGCUGUCGGGUACAAUUCUUGCGCAAGAACUUCGACAACACGAUGCUGAUCCGGAAGAGAAACUUCUUCCCACGACGAGUUUGGAAUUUGUGGUCCAGGAUUUUUGUAGCGACGAGCAAGAAAAUGAAAAUGAAAACAAGAACGAGCUUUCUUUCCAUCAGAACCAAAACGCCGAUGUCGUGGGACGAGCGUCUGUUUCGCCACUACACCCGCCCUCGUUCGAAGGCCAGGAGGAUGAACAUGUCGCGGCCAACUAUCAUCUUUUCUCCGGAGCAGAUGAACCUGCGCACAAGAUGAUGAACCUUGUCCCCUGGCCGGCGAAUUUCGAGGCAAACAGCGCCCAGCUCCCCGUGCAGUGCGAGCAGCCGGACUGGUUGUUACGGAAGGACCAACUGGUGCUGCCCGUGAACGAGGAGAGGAGCUUCUUGUCGAGCGUGAAUGAAGCAACAAGCACACCAACAUCAAAAGCCAGCGCAACAACUAAAGUUUCGGCCACUCUGGUGAUGACGCUGUUUCUCGGGCCGGACGGGCCGAACGACUGGAAAAGAACUCCGCCAAGUGGGCAAACUACGCAUGUAGCGGCAAAUAAAAAUCUUUACGCCGCUGCGGACUGGCUGCGGGCGCUCUUUGCCGCGAACGUGCAGGUCCUUCGUCGGUUCUAUCCUGUGCAAAAGUAUCGCACUCGUAUCAAUGCAUUAUACAAAUUUCCUCAGCAUGAGAAAUUUGUAAUGCGGAUUUGCCUUGAGAAGAAGAUUUGUAAUGCAAGACAUUGACAUGCAUUUAUACGAAUACGAUACUGUUGCACAGGAUAGGUUCGGCCACGGGCUGAUCUUGCGCACGGACUUCACUCCGGGGGACUUCGACGGGAAAACGCAUUUAAAGUCCUGGGAGGUCGACAGCGAGGACUGCAAGAAGAAAAAUUUAUCCCCAGCGGACUGUGCCAAGCAGUACCAGCGACUCAAUUCCUUCUUCGAGAGGCCGCUCAUGGUAGCAGACUACCUAAACUUACGAAAAGCUGGAAGUGGAUCUGCUGGAGAUUCGGAUUCCAGUUCCACCGCCCCUGAAGAUCAACAGUUCCGCUUCACCCACGUGUUCACGCUGGAUGCGGACGCCGCGUUCGUCAGCAUGAGUAUCGACUCGGUCCGGUUGGCGGCGUGGAAUUUGGCGCGGGCGGGAAAAGACGUGUUUGCCGCCAAUGAAGACUGGCAGGAAGAGAAGAACAAAGCGGGGUGGGACCAGGACCAGCUCUGCCGCGGGGUGAACAACGGGUUGUUGUUCGCGGCGAACACGGCCUUUUCCCGAACGUUCUUCCGAGAUCUAUGGGAUCAUGAUUCUCAAAUGUUACAUUCUCAACUGUUACGUGAAUUUGUAAUGCAAGAAUGGCAAAAGUCAAAGAAUGAAGGGAGGUUGCUCCUGUAGCAUGACAAAUACCGCACAGAUUUAGGGGCUGUUUAGCCUUCGUAAAAUUUGUCAUGCGACGUAGCGUCCCUGUGUGGAUGCUGGUGCUCAUUUUGCAUAACAAAAAAUCAUGUAACAGUUGAGAGUGUAACGUUUGAGAGUCCCAUAAUACAUCUUCGCGGCGCACCAGCGCGGCCCGCGCGCGCAGGCCUGGGAGAUCGAGCCAACGAUCAGCCUCGUCUGCGCCUCGAACGACCAAGAGUGCGUGCAGAACGCGAUUCCCCGGCUGCGACAGCACUUUCUCACGACGCGUGGCCAGUUUUGGAACCGGGGCCGGUUCGCGAACGACGAAAGCGCGCCGCUUGUGAACGCGACAGCGACCGCUGGUGGAGCAGGGGAAACAACGCACAUCGUGCACUACAUGAACGCCGACGGGAACAUGAAGAUUGCGGAAGAGGAUUUCUGCGACCCCGGGUUUUUAGUAAAGCCGAUCCAGGAGGAAACGAAAGUCGCUUUGGGAGUGUGCAGCAGCAGGAAGACCACGAGUCAAGGAGGAGAGGAAAGUGCAGAGGAAGUUGUACAACAACUAGAUUGGCAGCCGCCAGCACAGUCGUGCGUCGGCCAAGGAACUAGUAAGCCACUUGGUUCCGGCAGUUCUGUGGGGGAGAGCAUGAGUGGUCCUCACAGUCACGAAACGUCGAAGCAGCAACGUCGCCUCCGCGUCGAGGAAAUCCGAGUGGACGAGGAAGCUGACACAAUUCGAUAUGACUUGCUCAAACGUUACAAUCUCAAACGUUACAUAAAGAAUCUGGAAUUUGUUGCAUGAUGACCAUGACAGACUCGCACAGCGUUCCAACUUUUGCAAUACAAAUUUCGCGAGAUUGUCUUGGGGUUUAGGGGUCCGGAACUUGUCAUGUGCAAUCCUAUGAGACUUGGCUAGAUCAUGCAAUCUUGCAUCACAGAUUUCCAUAUUCUAUUCGUAACGUUUGAGAUUGUAACACCUGAGCGGGUUAUAUUCGAGCGGGUGGUCCUCCGGAUUUUUACCUCCAAACAAGCCCUGCUGAAGAGGAGACGACAGCUGUGGAGCUUGUUGACACGAGUGAAAGAAGUUUUUCCCCGACGACGGAACAAGGGGAAGCGGUGCCUGCUGCAAGCGGUACAACUGGUAGUGCAGCUGUCAUCGCUGCAGCUGUUGGGCAUGAUGAAGAUGAAAUGCGUGCUGGGACAUUGUCCGUGUUCGUCACGUCCUCUUCGUCUUCACACGACGAGCGCCAGCCUUUGUCCACCACCCUGGACGAUGACUUCCUCACCGCAACCCCCCCUUUUUGCAACGGUUGCUGCAUCGGUCCGGCCUCGGAAGCCCCGUAUCAAAAGUAAAAAUGUCUGGGUCUGGAAACUUGUGAUGCUGGGUGGCGUCUCAUGAUGAGGCUACAAAUGCUGGCUCAGCAUGACAGGUUUCUGCGCUCCUAGGUGUUGCCUACUCUGCAUGACAAACGGCGCUUCUGCAUCACAGAAAAGCGGAGCUCUUGGGUAACGUGCAUGACAGAUUUAAGAGUCAUGCCAGACAAGCAUGACAAACAUGAAUUCUUCCAGACCCAGACAUUUUUGCACUUGAUACCCCGGCGAACGUAACCAACAUCGGAGAUCUCUCCUACCACGCGCGUUGCCUCGAUGUGCACAAGUGCGCGGCGGCGGAGGUUCCUGGCGGAGCUGGUGCUCUUGGUGGUACGACGAAUCCAGAUGAGCAGCAUGAUCAGCGCAGGAGGACCAAGUACGCCUUCGUCCUUACCCACAAGGGGGUUCUGCCCCAGCCGGAGAGGAAUACCACGGAAUAUCAAAUGCAAAAGCAUCGUACUCGUAAGUAUAAAUGCAUUACAAAUUUCCUCAGCAUGAGAAACAAAAUCUGUCAUGCGGAUUUACCUUAAUAAACGAAUUUGUAAUGCGUGACUGCAAUUACUACGAGUGCGAUACUUUUGCACAGGACACGGAAUGGAUUGACCUCAUGUUCCCAAACCUUCGCAGCAUGGAGCUGGCCCGGCAGGGAAUACUGAGACAAGGAAAAUCAGCGACGAAAGAUAUCGAAAUCGACAUUCUCCUCCUCGUUGCGCUGAACCGCGGCAUGACGAUCGGGGUUGACGCAAAGUGGUGGGAGAAAACUGUAUCUUACCUGCAAACCGAACUGCGCCGCAUCGCACCAACUACGGUCGUGAAGCGCGUGCCGUGGACGGUGUAUGCGUUGCAAAUAUGUCUGGGCGUGGAAGGAUGCAACUUGUGAUGCGCAUUUCACAACACAUAAAAAUCUGUCAUGCAUAAGAAGCAAAAGCUGCCCACUUUUUGUCACCAAAAUUGGGCAUUUGUCAUGCGGAUCCGGCAUUGCGGAAGCUCCUCGAAACCUGUGAUGCUAGAGCUUCCAUGCCAGACCUUCUGUGUCAUGCAAAAGCAGCAUGACCCUUCCAUACCCAGACAUAUUUUCAUUCAAUACGGUGCCGGAGGAUGCGAAGUUUGACCGGAAGGAAAGCUGGUGCGGCGAGGUCGAUUUUAUCCGGCUCAAUAUGAACUGCAAAAGUAUCGUACUCGUAUGAAUGCAUUACAAAUUUCCUCCGCAUGAGAAAUAAAAUUUGUAAUGCGGAUUUACGAUAAGAAAAAAAUUUGUAAUGCAAGACUUGCAUUUAUACGAGUACGAUACUUUUGCAGUGGAUACUCAACGCGUUCAGCGAGACGGACUACGACGCCGUCGUCUACUAUGGGAGUGUCAGGAUCGAAAUUGACAAAGUUGAAAAAAUAACUUGUAAUGCAUAAAAUGCAUGACGCGACUUACGUGUGUUGCAGCAGAGCAGGCAAGUGAGGCCGAUCGUAAGCCCGUUUGGGGUUAGAGCUCGGGCCGCUAAAGUAGCAUGAGAAAAUCUCUCUUUUUUGCAUAAACAGCAUGACAAACUGGAUUUAGGCACCACCAAAAUUUGUCAUGCGCCACUUGAAAACGGGGUUUCAACUGGCAUCCAAUUUAUGCAUGGCAAAUCAUUUCAACUUUGUCGAUUUCGAUCCUGACAGUUCCAUAUCUACUACGACCGCGAUGUGGAGCUGCAGGACACGGGCGGAGAAAACCUGCUGGCGCUGUUCGAGUGUGUGGCGAAGCAGGACGUGUUUUUGACGGCCACGGGUGGGCUGAACGAGCCAAUAAACGUCGGCUUUUUCGCGAUGAAGCCGAACCGAAAACUGCUAGACGUCGCCCUGGAGUUUUCCAAACUUGCCGACUACAGCGACGACACCGGGUGGGCGGGCAGUGGCUGGAGUCCGGCGCGCAUGUUUUUGGUGAAGGGGAAUGAAGAGGAAAGCCGUGGUGGAAUCGGUGAAGGCGAGCGCGGAGAAGCUUCUGGAGGUGCUAGUCUUUACCUACCUGCUUCGUCUUCGACGGGGGCAAUAAUAUCUUCUUCUUCGGGCAUAAGAAGUACAGAUACUGAUUAUACAGCAGGAGACGCCGACCGCACUGGUAGUACCACAUCAACUCAGCAAGAAGACAACCUUCAUCUGCUGCGCGAAGGAGCCCCCGGCACCGUGGAAACAAGCGAAAAUGACGGGAGCAGUAUCAUGGGCGGAGGGAAAGAUACAAUGAAUACCACUUCGCCUUCGCGCGUUAGGAACACGGAUUCGAAUACUGUGAUGUUGUCCGCGGAAGGCGGUAGCAGUAGUACUGAUGCUCAUGCUACAGGAACAAGAGCCUCUCGUCCCGGCACCUUCCUGUUCGAGGAGGACGAGCAAGAUUUUCUGCGUCAACAGCAGGCGACGACCUCGAUGGGCACUAGAACCACGACACGGCACGGCUUUGAUUCCUUAUCAGGCAAAAGCGAAGACCAAGACCACCACCUCGAGCACACGACCAGCAGGUCCUCGUUGUAUAAGCGCGUUCUCCUCGACCCAAGUCUAGUCACCGCGAUCCGUCAAGACCGAGACAAAUACGAAGCAUUUCUGAAAAAGAAGUACUUCGUCGGGGGCGAGUGCGGACAGGGCUAUUUUCUCACGCUCCUCUACCACCUGAGCAAUCCCGUCGUGAAAACCGCCUAUGAAAAAGCGGGUUUCCCCAUCGAAAAUAUAAAACCCUUCUCGGUCGAUCGCUGCCAGUGGAACUACCAAACCAACAACGGGCACGUCUGCGAGAAAAUCCAGUCCAGUUGCGACAAAGUGAUCGCGCACCACAAGCCAGGAAAGGAAUUCUACGCCCCAGGCCAGGACGUUUCGAAGGCGGGCGACCAAUACGGGCAAUGCCUCAAACGCGGCUACAAGCGGUUGGCGGCGGGCAGAGCAGCGGCGGGGAGUUUCCUUUCAUCUACGUCUCGCAGAAGUAGUGCUUUUUUGGAAGAUGACAGCGUAUGCAUUGCAAAUAUGUCUCGGUCUGGAAAGUUGCAACUUGUAAUGCUAAUUCUGGAUCGUGAAAAAAUCUGUGUUGCAUGAAUGCCGAAAGUUGUCCGCUUUUGACCAAGUCGAGAGGAAGUGUCUCAUGCAGGAUAGGCAUGACAGGGAUCUCACAGAAUCUGUCAUGCUAGGUCCUGCAUUCCAGACGACACGAAUCAUGGCAAAUCUGCAUCACAAGUUUCGGAAUCUUCCAGACCCAGACAUAUUUGCAUUUGAUACAGCGGGAUGUUGAACAAAAUCGCGCUGAACGUGUUUUACUACGUGGAGAACCCGGACGACAAAAACUCGCUAUGACCUGCUCAAACGUUACAACCUCAAACGUUACAAUAGAAUUUGGGUUUUGUAUUGCAUGAUGAGCAUGACAGACUCGGACAGCAUUUCCCUUUCUGCAAUACAAAUUUCGCCAGAUUGUAGUGCGGAUUGGCACUCCAGAACUUGUCAUGCGCAAUCCUAGGAGAGUUGGCUAGGUCAGUGUUUGCUGUCCCCCGGGCUGAGGUCACUGUUGUGGGUUUCUGGCGACUUGUGUGGUGCAGGAAAUUUUGCCACCACCACUGUCUGGGCCCCGUCUGUUCUGAGGCUGUGCAGGUCGGGUUACCUGGUCGGGUUGGUUGUCGGGUCGAUUCUCUCUAUGCCCCUGCCCCUUGAUGCCUGCCACUGGGCGGAUUGGGAGCGUUUUCACGGCGUCAGCCCGUUUCUAAGAGCUGAAACUAUAUGACGCGUGCUGUCUGCUCUUAGACAUUAUGGGGAGGAUUCCUCUUCUCUGUUCCCCCCAGGGCAUUGCCUCAUCGUUGGCGCUAUCGUGUGACAGCUCUUAGUUGCCGUGGUGCUUUCGGUGGGAUGGACGUCCGGUGUUGCUUCGACACUCUUGUGUUGUUGCAUUUGUGAAUGCGAGGGCAGUGGUGGACUGAGGUUGCUGGAGUCCUCCGUAAGGACGGCUCCAAGUUAAUUUCUGACUACUCCGCUUCCUUGUGCCUCUGCUUUAGUACUAUUUUUAGUGCUUUAGCUAAUAGGCGUCCCCCUCGAAUCUCACCUCCAGGACUUCGGGGACCCCACUUUUCCAAGGUUCUUGGUUGUGGAUGGUUCCUCGAGGUCUUUGUGUCGUCUGGGUAUUCUUUGGUGCACUUCUUGCAACACAAAUUCCAGAUUCUAUUGCAACGUUUGAGAUUGUAACACCUGAGCAGGUUAUCCUCGCGGAAGCACUUUCUGAAGUCCUUUCCCUUGAACCUCGAGACCUGGCUGCUGCACCUCCGGUCGAGCAGAGUGGAGCCGCGGGUGUAUUGAGAGGAAAAAUCCCCCCUCCCCAUAUUGAAAAGGUAUGGCUCCGGAAAUUUGUGUUGCUGAUUUGAGGUCACAAAUCACGUCUGUCUUGCAAGAAGACAAGGGCAGAAGCUUCCGCCAUAUUAUGGAAGCGGUUUGUCAUGCCGUUGGGCCUAAAGGGAGGCCGUUUGCCAUGCUGAGCAACUAGACCCAUACGCCCCCAGCUAGCCUGCGGAUCUGGCCGCCAUGCCUUUCUGCAACACAAAUCUGAUUUGUGUAUCCAAAUCCAGCAUCAGAAAUUUCGUUUUGAUAUGGGGAGGGGGGAUUUUUCCUUUUGAUAGGGUGAUUCAAGUAACCGAUGCGACAGUGCGGACGUGGAUCCCCGAUGUACUAUCCAAGAAAAAAAGUGUGCAAGUGUAACUCUGUAGGAAGAGCAGCAUCACAGAUUUGUUUUGCAUUACAGAAAAACCUGUCAUGCCUGGCUAGUACUGGUGAAAAUACGCACGCAGCAUGGCUAUCAGAUGCACUUGCAGCAUGACAAGUGUAACGGUCUUGCGUUUUUUGCAUCACAAAUAUACUCUCACACAGCUUUUUUCUUGCAUAUGUACCCGAGCAGUUUUACCGAUUGCCAUAUAGCCAAGCAAAGUCGGAUUUUGUCCGCUACGCGCUCCUGUAUUACCAUGGGGGGAUCUACCUGGACGGGGACUUCAUCGUGCAACGGGAUUUGCACGAGAACAUCUUGGAAGCCCUGUCCGGAGCAACGACAUUUGGUGGCGUCGCAGGAAUAAACAGCGGAGGUGGAAAUCAAAUUCAAAAUACCAGAAAACAGUCGUUCUUUCCCAUCGAGCUGUUGUCCUACAACUCCGCCGGGCAGAACUGCAAGGGGAUGAGGCCGCCGAAUUUCAAGCCGACCUUUUCUUUAUGAACUGCAAAAGUAUCGUACUCGUAUAAAUACAUGACAAAUUCCCUCAGCAUGAAAAAAAAAUUUGUAAUGCGGGUUUACCUUGAGAAAAAAACUUGUGAUGCACGAUUGCAAUACGAGUACAGCACGAUACUUUUGCACAGGAUAUUCUUCCAAUUUUCUUGGUGCGACGAAGGGGAGUUUGUACAUGAUAUCAAAUGGAAAAAUGUCUGGGUCUGGAAGAGGAGAAGUUUUUCAUGCACAUUUUCCAUGAUCCAUGAUGUCUCUGUUGUAUGCAAUAGCAUCACAGAUUUUUUGAGCGCCUAUCGAUGCGCGUCCUGCAUGACAAAUGCCUUCUCCGCGUAGCCACAUUUGACUCCUCUUGCUGCUCAUGCAAUACAGAUUUUUUGAGCAUCCAAAUGCAGCAUCACAAGUUUGGCUCUUCCAGACCCAGACAUAUUUGCAAUCCAUACAUGAAACGGGUCUACGACCUGCAGAAGCAAACGCUGACAACCCCCUGCGAAACCCCGGAAAAAAACGUGUGCUGCUCCGGCCUAGAUCGGAAGAAGCAGUGCCACAUCGGUUGGGGCGGGCUGGGCGAGGGAAUCUCCACCGGCGGGGAGAUCGCGUUAGCUGCGGCUGAUCAGGAAGUUUUGGAACAGUCGGGGGUGGGAAAGGAGAUUCGGGAAAACCCGCUGGGGCUCAUCUAUAGAAAAGACAAGACGAGUGCUGAUCCUGACGGGAGUAGUAGUGCCACGACCGGCCUGGUGAAGAUAUCGAGUUCCACAACUUCCACUUCAAGUACACUUUCGCGAAAUAGUCCGGUCACCAACGGUAUACAGCAAUUUCUAACGACGACUACCGGGAUGCCGGGUAGACGUAGCAGCUCUAGCGGUGCAAUAAAUUACCGAGAGGUUUAUGAUAGUGACCAAACAGCAAUAUCGGAGAAUGAAGAUUCCGAAAUGCAGUUCAAAAUCCAGGGCAUUGUCGCCUGUUUCCAAAACGAGACAGAAUUCGCCGCGUUGAACCCGCAGUUGCUCGGCGGUAACAUGUAUCAAGUGCAAAAAUUUCUGGGUCUGGAAACUUGUAAUACUGCGUUGGGAAUAGUGAAUGCCCUGCAAUGCACAGCCAAGCAUGAGAAGUAUCUGCGCUUCUUUGUGUUGCGUCUUUCGCAUGACAAACUGCGGUUUUGCAUGAAGGGCAAGAAAAGGGUCUCUUCUUGGACACGCAUCACAAACUUUUUGGUCAUGCCAGAAAAGCAUGACAAAUCUCGCAAUCUUCCAGACCCAGACACUUUUUCAUUUGAUAACAUGACGGAUGAAAACAGUGAGGAACGAAUCGCCUUUUUCCGAGACGUGCACGCGACGGUUAAGUCCGAGCAAGAGGUGCGGAACGCGCUAGGCCGGACCGCGUACCACAUGUUCGCCUCCAACGGCCUGCCGGAGUGGCUAUUGUGAGGAAAAAUCCCCCCUCCCCAUACCAAAAAGGGGCACUACUGAAAAUUUGUGAUGCUGAUUUGUGACCGCAAAUCGUCCCUGUAUUGCAAGAGGGCAAAGCCAGAGAAUCGGCCGCGUUGCCCAAGCACUUUGUAAUGUUGUAUCGCCUACAGAUGAUAUGCCUGCCUUGCUAGGUGCCUACAGCAAAACGCCCCUACUCAGGGGCUGCAUCUGCCUGCAGUCCUCGACUGCUAGACAGAUUGGAUUUGUGUACACAAAUCCCGCAUCACAGAUUUCGGCUUUGAUAUGGGGAGGGGGGAUUUUUCACUUUGAUAGUGGCACGAGAAAAGUUGCGAGGCGUUCGCUACGGACCAUUCCACGGUGUUGGGAAAGAUCUACAGCUCGGCACUGAUGCUGCAACAAGAAGACCACGGCGAGGAAACAACAUCAAGUCGAAAUAAUGCCACUGCCAGCACGACGACGACUUUGUCCAAAAUCUGCACUAGAGACGUGAUGUCUGAAGCCGUGGUUGCAAAGUCGGUUACGCUGCACCCGGAAAUGUCUUUCCCAUUGGUGCAGAAGAUGCCGGACGAGGAGGCGGAAAACAAGCAGGGGUCCUCGGAAGUAGGAGCAGGUCAUACUACUGCUCCUGCACACAGUGUCGCCGCGUUUGUGGAAGUGGUCGUGGGUGGGCAAGAAGAUGAGGAGGAAAUGACAACAGAUAGUCCUCUAUCCCACGAAAAAACUGUUUCACUGUGAACUUGUGAUGCAUAGAAUGGAAAACAGAACUAUUUGUCUUGCUACGCCUGCAAGGCAUUGGGUUCUUAAGCGUGUUUUCCCUUUGAAAGCGCGCACGGCAAAUUUUCUGUGUCAUGUGUAGCAAACUUGUGAUGCGGAUCUUGCAAGACCAUCACAGUGAAACGGUUUUUUCGUGGGAUAUCCUCGUGCGCGACAGAACAGUGGAGAAAUCGAGACUGAUCUUCAUACUGCAUCUCUGCCUGCUCCUUCUGCUGCAGCUCCCCCUGCUGCAGCUUCUACCGAUGAACCGCAACCGCAGAUCAAGAUCAUGCACCAAAAGUCAAUAACGAUAACCCCGGCCGAGACAAGUUUUCUACAAGAGAAAGUGAAAAGCACCGCGCCGGAACUGGAAGUAGGACCGCGGCCAGCAUCCGGACCAGACACGACGGAGAAACCGCGUCUCCUCCGACGGGCGCUGGACGUGGCGGAGGACGUGGAUGGCUUAUUUUUCGAGGGUAGUACGAAGAUGACAUCAUCGUCCCGUCAAUCCGAGAGAAUAAAGUCGAUUGACCGUGCUGGCAGCGAGCAGGAGGGGACGGAACUGUUGGAUUGA